UUCACCAACUAACUUGCACAAUGCAGCUACCACAUUGUCCUAAUUACUUCAUUUUAUCUUUACUCAUCUCCAUUAAUCUAUGUACUAAAACUGAAUCAACUAGUACUUCCUGCAAUGAAGGAUACUCUUUCAGUAAAAUGGGAAGAAACAUCACUCACUGUAAGAAAUUACGAACCCUCAAAGCAGAAUUUGGGUGGCCUUAUCAGGGCAAAGUUCAGGAUUUUCCUAAUAACCGAAGCAGUACACUUGUCGACAUUUUUUUCAGUGCACCACCAGUUGGCGCGACAGGUUGGGUUGCCUGGGGUGUAAAUCCGCUUAGACCAUUUAUGGCAGGUACUAGAGCUCUCAUUGGAUUUAAACAUCCAAACGGUUCAAUGCAUCUUGAAACUUAUAACAUUGCUACAGAUACAAAGAGAGGUUGUCAACUUUCAUCAUCCGAUAUCGAAGUGAAAGUUAAUGAUACGAGUAUAACAUAUUCGGCUGACUCGGGUUUUCUUACCAUAAUCGCAACUCUAUCUCUUCCUCAAGAAUACAACGUAUCAAAGCUCAAUCUUGUUUCGCAAGUUGGGUCUGUAAAAGAUUCUACGCCUCAAAUGCAUGAUGACACACUUAAGAAUUUUGAUAGUGCCGAAACUAUUGAUCUUAGUUCGGGAAAAAGCACCAGUGUUCGACACAGAUUACAUUAUCACAUAACGGCACAUGGAGUUCUGAGCAUAGUAGGAUGGGGAACACUAGUACCAAUUGGCGCCAUAACUGCAAGGUAUUUUAAAGAAUUCCCAGUGAAAUUUUGUGGAUGGUAUCCUCUCCAUGUUUCCUGCCAAAUUUCGGGCUACUUGAUUGGGUCGACAGGUUGGGUCAUCGGGAUAUACUUAGGAAGCAGUUCAAGAUAUUACGAUUUCACUACGCACAGGGACUUUGGAAUCAUUAUCUUCACCUUCUCAACGUUGCAAGUACUAGCUUUAUUUGUGCGACCAAAAAGAGGAGAUGAUCAUCUCCGGUACUGGAAUAUUUACCACCAUUUGUUAGGUUAUACAUUGAUGGUGUUGAUCACCAUUAAUAUAUUCAAAGGGAUAAAUAUUUUAAGACCAGAAAAGAUUUGGAAGUGGACUUAUAUGGGUUUGGUUACUGCACUAGCUUUUCUAGUUAUCAGUUUCGAAGUCUUUACUUGGAUGAAAUUUGUAAAAUGUAAACGAUUAAACCGCCGUCCUUAAGUAAUUUUUUGUAAGAGCAGAAAAUACUAGAGCAGUCUGAAUUCUGGCAUGACUUGGAGGUCUAUUGCUCCGGUUUCUUUAGGGCUCUGAAUACAGAUUUACAAACUCUGUGGAUUUGCUAUCUCUGAUUUAUCCUCGGGUUUUGGUUCUUCUUGCUGAUUAGCUAUCGAUCUUCUUUUCCUUUC